AAAUAUUUCUAUGGAAGUAUUUUACACUCGUCUGAAAUUUGAAUUAUUUAAAGAAACAAUAAAAAGUUAUGUGUGCUUAAAUAUUUUUAAUUACUUGCGUAUAAGUUUUUAUAUAUAAGUAUUAUUUGUUAAGGUAGUAAACAUUGUUUUAUGUUAAAUAUUAUUAUGAAAUUAAUUAUAAUUGUUGUUAUUGUUUGUGCAUUGGUGAAGUGUAAUGCUAUUAGUUUGGACUACUAUGACCCCGGUUCUGACUUCUAUGUGCCGCCGGAUAAUGAUUCUGAAGAAGAUUCAAAUCAGGCCGUGAAUACAUUUUUACAACCACCUAAAGUACAAAUAAUGUUAUUUUACGAAGUUUUUUGUCCACACUGUCGAACAUUCUUCACAGAAACAUUCAGCCCAGUUUUAGCAAAACUAGGAAGAUAUCUCGAUAUAUAUACUUAUCCUUAUGGUAAUGCUGAGACAGUUGAAAAGAAUAACAAAAUCUAUUUCACUUGCCAACAUGGACCUACUGAAUGCUAUGGGAACAAGUUACAUGCAUGUGCGCUGGAUAUUGUAAAGUCCAACACCCGUGCUUUGAAGUAUAAUAUUUGCAUGAUGAAGUAUUCCAACAGCAAUCAAGGUUCUGACGAUAACGCUGCUGACAAGUGUGGCAAAUCUCUGCUUAUCGAUUCGACACCAAUAAAGAAAUGCGCAAAGGGCAGCAGAGGCACUGAACUUCUAAAAUUGUACGGCGAAGAAAGCAAAAAGGCAGAUUUUAAGCACGUCCCACAUAUUCUAAUAAAUGGUGUCAAAAAUGACGGAAAACACUUUAUGCGUGAUGUUUGCGCAGCAUUUGCUGAGCCCCCUUCAGAAUGUCGGGAUAUUUUGAGACGAACGAAAUUACAGAGAAAAAUGAAACAAAACUGGCUGAUGAGGACGCGAAUGGUGCCUGUUUUUCUUAUUUGUUCAUUCUGUGUGACAUUAGCCAAUUCGUACACAAUUCUUACAGAUGUAUCAUUUAACGACUUGCUUGACGAAGAUCUGCCAACUGCUGAUGUCGAUUUAAUGCAUUUUAUCCCAGACAAGACAUACACGGAACAGAAACUAAAUAUAAAAUUAUUCUACGAAUGCCACUGUCCAGGUUGCAGAGAGUUUGAGACCACUGAAUUUAAAAAAACGGUCGAAAGGUUGAAUGACUAUCUUGAUAUUCAAACCUAUCCUUACGGAAAUGCUAAGACUGAAGAACAUGACGGUAAAGUGGAAUUUAAAUGUCAACACGGGCCUAAAGAAUGCUACGGAAACAAACUUCACGCAUGUGCCUUGAAUAUAAUUAAAAAUCACACAGCUGCAUUACAGUUUAAUAUGUGCAUGAUGGAGAGUUCACAAGAAAACCGGGGAUCGGAUGACAAAGCCGCUGAUAAGUGUGGAGCAAAUAUGAGAAUAGAUUCAAGACCCAUAAAAUCUUGUGCCAAAGGAGCUAAGGGCAUAGAACUGCUAAAAUACUACGGAGUCGAAAGCACUAAAAUUGGGUUCCAGUAUGUCCCAUUCGUUCUUAUAAACGGAGUAGAAUAUAAUGGAGAAAAUUUUUUCAAAGAUGUAUGCAAAUAUUUUUCGAAACCACCACCAUCGUGCAUGGGUAUUGAAAACUAAAAAAGGAUUGGUUGAAAAUAUAGUAAUUUUCAGGUCACUAUCUUGUAUUAAGUGUAUAUACUAUAUAUGUACAUAUAUUGUACCACCUAACCGUUAAAUUAUAUAUAUCGACUUCCGUAUAUUGAGAAAUGAUAUUGAUACCUUCCUUAUACACUAGUCCUGUGUAUGAAACAUAUCCACAUUAUAGUAAAUGUUUUAUGUCAUAGAAUAAUCCAUUUGAAACGCUUGUAAAAAUUAAUAUUAAUAAUAAAUGUCAUAUAAGUUAAUUCACAAUAAUUCCCUUCGGCAACUCAACAUUGAGAUGUAAUGUGCUAAAUGCUAUUUUUGUAUAAUAAUAAAACAUACUUAUCCUAUGGAAUUCCUUUAUUUUAUCUUAAUAAUAAUAAU